GACCGCUACUCACCGCCUGGCACUACCCAGGCUUGGGGGGCGCGUGAAACCGUGUCUUCGGCUGCGUGGAGUGCUCCCCGCAGCACAAAGGGAGCGCCCUGGACUCGAGGCCUCUGCCCCCUCUCUACGUGGUGCGAUGAAUGCCAACGAGGACCAGGAGAUGGAGCUAGAAGCAUUACGUUCUAUUUAUGAAGGAGAUGAGAGUUUCCGGGAAUUAAGUCCAGUUUCAUUUCAAUAUAGGAUAGGUGAAAAUGGCGACCCCAAAGCCUUCUUAAUAGAGAUUUCCUGGACAGAAACGUAUCCUCAGACACCUCCAAUUAUAUCUAUGAACGCUUUUUUUAACAACACCAUAUCAUCAGCUGUAAAGCAGAGUAUCUUAGCCAAGUUACAAGAAGCAGUGGAACUGAAUCUUGGAACUGCUAUGACCUAUACAUUGUUUGAAUAUGCCAAGGACAAUAAAGAACAGUUCAUGGAGAAUCACCAUCCUGUCAAUUCUACAACAUCCAUAGGCAAUAUUAUCUCAGUUGAAACACCAAAUGUAGCCCCAUCAAGUAAGAAAAAAGAUAAAAAGGAACAACUUUCAAAAGCCCAGAAACGUAAGCUGGCAGAUAAAACAGAUCACAAAGGAGAACUUCCUCGAGGCUGGAACUGGGUUGAUGUGGUGAAGCAUUUAAGCAAAACCGGCUCUAAAGAUGAUGAAUAGCAUUUGGAACUAGAGACAAGGAAAAAGCAUCCUUCAAAAAGUAAACUGGGCUCAACACCUUUCAUUACUAUUUUCUGAUAUUGAGGUGGCUUUUUUAUACAGUACAGGUUUUUUGUAUGUUUCUUAAAAAAUAUUAUAAGUAGAAAGUUCAUGGAGAGAUCUGGUUGUAUUAAAUUAUUUUCUCAAACUUGCCUUAACGAAAGGUGAAAAUGUUAGCAUUUGUAUACUUUCUGAAGCCCUCUGAGCUUUGUAAAUGGACAGGUAUGGGUAAUACUAGCAGUGUGGAUGUGGGUCCUCUUACUCCAGUGGAUGUGGUCAUUUUUAAAGGAAUACGAAACCGUUUUCAAGCUAUCAUCCCAGUAGAGCCAAAUACUAAUUGAAUCGCCAUUUGAUCCAUAGCAUGACCCUCAUUAAUAGGCUUCUAUCAUCUUAAAGUCCUGCUGUUUUCUUUUGCCUAGUUACUGAGGUGUAAGUUGUUGCAGAGAAAUUCAAAUCCCAGUGUUUGAACUUUAUAUGAUACUCUUCGUAGUUCCUUUUUAUUUUUUAUUUUUCAACAGUGAACUGCCUCCCUUUAAUAAAUCGAUAACCUAUUUAUACUCUUGUGAUUUGAGCCAGGGUGUUUGACUAUGUGAUCAAAGACGACAAAAACAAGUCUGCCAAAUACUUUAGAAAGACAUUUGCUAGUUCUUACUUAAAACAUUUCUCUUUGCUGCACAUAUCAGGAUGGGAAAAAAUGAUGCCUUAAUAUUUAAUUUUUGUAUUGUGCAAGACAGUGGUUUUAAUAAAUUCCUAUUUUCUGUUAUUGUGUUUUUAGUUGUUGGAUAAUAGGUCUUUAAAUGGAUUCAACAUUAAAACUACAUUUCAAGUGUUAGGGUCUUCUUUUUUUGUAGUGUCUUUUUAACAUCCAGGUAUAUUUCUCAACCUCUGCAUCUUCUUCAUAAUAUAUAUAAGACUCUUGAAAUGCUGAACUGUUAUACAUACUUGACUUUUAACAGUCAUCAGUAGAGGGAAGGGUAUAGUUUUAGUAGGGAAAGUUGUUAAUGUUACACAGUGACUUUGUAUGUGCUCCUAGCUUUAAGAACUCUUAGAACUACUGCUGUGGAUCUGGAAGAGUAGGUUGUUAGUACAUCAAGUUAUACUUGUGUAGUUGUUAUCUGAGGUUUUAAAAAAUACUUAUAAAGAAAUUACCUUAGCAUAGAUAGAGCAGUUUGAGAUAUGUCCGUGGUUUUUACACAGUUAAUCUUGGCUUCAUUAAAUUGUUUGAAUUAUAAAUAUGUAUGAUUGCAGUUAAGGAGUUUAAUCUCAUCUUCAGAAGAUGAAUCACAUUUUGUGUCUGGGAUUAAUGCUAAAAUUGAGGACCACUACUGUAUUUUUCAAGGUUCUGUAUAUGUAAUUUUUGUUGUUAGGUUGAUUUGUUUGAUCAUGUUCUUUGGAGAAAUAUUUGGUGAUGGAAAAAAAUUUUGUUCUACUCUGGAAAUUCUGACAUUCAUCAGGUAUAUUGUGGUUCAUAGAUUACAAAGAACAAUGCUAGUUAAAUGCCAAUGAACUAUUUUUACUCUUUUUAUAAAAAUGAAAUGUACAAAAUUUCUGGGGUGAUAGUGGCAGUGGGGCCUCCUGUUACCUAUUAUAAAAUACUCGAAUGUUUUCAUCAAUAGUGCUAUCACUGUCCAACACUCCCAGUAUAUUUUCUCACUUGUGUGGAAUGACAAAAUAAUAAGCAAUAAAGUCUGAAUUACAGA